CGUGUUGGUUAUUUGUUGUUUGUUGUGGCACAGUGUCCCGACGAACGCGCCACUGAUCGUACUCCUCUCGUCACCGUCAUGUAAAACCUUUUUUCUCUUCGUUUCAUCCGCGAUUCUUCGUGUCCUUUUAGUCGCUUUUCACUCCGAAUCUUAUCGCCGGUUACUUCAUUAUUUUGUUUAUUUUGUUUGAUGCACACACGUUUUACAUAUGAAAAAUAUAUUACAUAGCUACAUUUCGCGCACAUAUUACAUCGUAUUGAAUGUCCGCCGUACACUCGCACACGGUAUACCUAGACAGUGUGGUUCAGCCGAAUGCGAAUUGUCAAAAACCCGCUAAAGAUCGAAACAGACGACACCGAACCGUACAUUUAGCACACGGUAGCACCUGUCGGCCGAGGAAUUUAAAUGCUGGGCGAUUGAUCACAAGGUGAUCCGAUGAUGUCGUCUAUGAAACCGGCUCCACUGCAGUUUGUCAAGCUGGCACCGUCCGAUCUCUAUCGUUCGGCGCAAGACCAGCUGAACAAAACGGCUGCAGUGGUCGUCAAGCCAAAACCAAAAGAAUUUGAUGCCGAAUGGCAAUCGGACUUGGACAAUUGGAAAAGUAACAGGAGAAAACAGCAGGAACACAUUAUUGAGCGACUUGUCGAGGUAAAGAAAUUUGAAACGGAUAGGUUGGACGAUGGGUUCCGGAAAAGGAGCAAAACGUUUAACGAGAUGAUACAAGAAAGGGGUAGAAGCGGCCGAUUGAGGAGUUUGCCCGCCCUGUAYCAGGAUGACGACGACGGCAACGAUCUCAGCGACCUCGGCCUGAGCACGGGUAAGAAGAACUGCGUUGACGAUUAYGAUGAAGAAAAGGUUCCAGGGCGGGAUCACGCGUCAGAGGACAAUCGCAGUCGUUCGGCGGACGGUGGUGCUGCCGAGGGUCGCGUACUGCACAAACUCGGUAGCCGUACUGAAGCUCUAGCUGAAGAGGACCACGAGGAAGAAGACGUGUUCCGCGGAGCCGAAGAACCUGCGGCUGUGGCCGUCCGAGUGGCGACAGUGCAGACAAUUGCCGCUGUCCCUCCAACGGUGACUGCAGAAUCGACGGUGACCGAAAACGGAUACGACCGGGCAAUCAAGGACUACGUCGAUUUCGCCGAAUCCAAGCGGACUUCCGUGGUCAAGUGCGAAGAGCAGCAGCUGCCAYGUCGUAAGCCCGCCGUGGCCGAGAUAAGGCGUCGGAUGUCGGCGCCCAAAAUCGAGGAGAAAGUCAUGUUGCUCAAGACCCGAUCGCAGUCCACAAGAGACUUGAACGCUGCAACCGCCGUCACCGGUGAACUGCCCAAGGUAGACAUUGGCAAGCGCCGAGAGAUAUUCGAGAAGAUUUGYUCGGAGACGAAAGCCGCUGACGUGCAGCACAAUGUCKCGGCUAGACAACCGUCGCUCGCGAAGAAAAAGUCUGUCAAAGCGUCGCCGACAGCAUCGCCACCUGAAAGUGUCGCCGCUGCCAACGCGGACGGUUUCCUACAACAAGUGGUCGAAGACAUUCCUUUGCCCGAAUCUCCGCCCGAAUCACCGUUGCCAAGAACAGAUCCAUCUAAAGUCGUGGAGCCGCAAGGGGAGCAGCAAGUGACGUACAGCAGCGAGGAAGAAAUAUUGGAACACCGCGGUCUGGCCGUUGACUCGGAAGCGGAGAUUGAAACGUCGACAGCGGUGGAGGAGGAGGAAGAGGAGAUGCUGGUCGAAGAAGAAAAGCCAAUAGUAGCGCUGGAAAAAGAACGCGUUUGCUUGGUAGAGGACGAGUAUCACCAUCAUCUGCAGMACAUUCACCACCAUCAGCAGCUCUCGUCCCUUUCCGAUCUAGUCAGCCGGCACUCGAUCGACAGCUUGGACCAGGAAUGUGGUCAGACGGCUGAAGACCCGGACGAUGGUAACUAUCCGGGUUCUUGUCUGAGCGCGGAAGACAGCGGCGUGCACACCGAGGAUAUGUCGAGCUGCGUUAGCCAAGCYGACGACGAGGAACGGUCCAACUUGCAGCCGAGUCCCGUGCUGCAGCAACAGACGCCGAACGUCGUCCAACAGCACGUCGACGACACGUACAACAUGGUACUCGAAUUGACGCCCAUCAACGCAUUGGAACCACCCAAAGAGAAACCGCCUCCGCCACCCGUAGACGCGUAUCCAGACGACGAUGGCCAGGUGCAAUUGCCGCUAGAACCCGCCGUAGACAGCUUGGAGUCAGCCAAACGCAUUAAGAAAGAAAUGUGGAUGAAACGUUCCAGUUUCCUUGGCCUGGAAGAAUACACGAACGGCAACGCCAGCUACGAGCACGAUUUGGAAAACUUGAAGUCGAAACCGCCCGAUUUAACGUCGUUUUUGGAGGAGGAACGUCGACUGGAAAAAUUGUUGUACAACCAGAACAAACCCGAAAGGCAACCACACGACACAACCAGGAUUUACGAGAACGUUAACAGCAUUCCGUCGCAGAACGUKUACGUAGACGACGGUGGCGACAGCGAGAGCAGUCAGUAUAUGAGGGACAUAUUGCAAGUGGAAGAGCAGAGUCGAUGUAAUCAGUUGAAGAACAAAGCUGCUCAAAACAACAUAGGCGAAAAAUUAGUGAAAAAGUUAAAAGAACUCGAAGAGGAUCUAAACAAUCAAGAGUGCGCUCGGGUCGGAUCGGCACACUGGUUGCCGCCGCCCACUCGUCACUCUAUGCAAGACAUCUCGUCAACUGCGUCCGUCACGAAUGCCAGACCGCAGCCACCUGCAGCACUAGACCACACUCAGUCCAUGCCAAACUUGGAGCAACAGCAGCCCGUUCACAGCACCAGUCAACACCAUCAUCCCGAAGAUUUCACUUGGUCUUCUCAGAACGGUUGUCCCAGACCGGCCCAGCCGAGCGUCUACGCCAAGAGAAAGCCGAUCAACAGUCAGUCGGAAAAAUACAACUACCAACACUGGCUCAUUCAAGAAGCCGAACACCGCCGUUUGGUCGACCGGUGUAACCGUCAAGUGCCGCCGGGCGCAAUAGCGUCAAACCAACCGCGUUCGCGCACCAGACCGUCUAUACCGCCACCUCCACCGCCGGCGCACAACAAAAAACCUUUGCCCGACUCAGUCAUUAACACACUGACUCAGCGUGUGCAAGACCGUUUGUCGUUCAACGACUUUCACAGGUGAUUUCCGUUUAACAACAACAACCAGGGGCGAACGCAGGA